AUCAAUUCCAAAUAUAUGAAAUCUCAUAAAUACCCGAAGAAUUUGGUGACUGGCAAAGUAUAUCUGUGCUGCAUGCGAAUAUAGUACUCAGCAAAAGGAAUGGGUGUGAGUGCAUUGCAUCUUUACUGCUCUCCUAUCGCCACACCAUCAUAUUUCCUGCUUUUUAGCCCAGUUUUAAGUUUCCAGAUGUGGUUCUAUCGGUACCCCCCCUCCCCUCCCAAACAAAACACGUGUCACUCAGCUGGAAACUCCAGGACGUUUCCGGGUUCUGGCAUCGAUUGAGCGAGUCUGGCAGGGUCUGGAGUCGAUGGCCGAGCUAGGAGAGUGGCUUUCUGGUAUAUGCGGCCUGCAGCUGGGCCACCGUGUACAGGGCUGGGAUGCUGGACUUCGCCAUAUUCGCCAUCACUUUCCUCCUGAUCCUAGUGGGGGCCGUGCUGUACUUGUACCCGGUAACCUGGCACUGACUGGGGGGCUCUGCAUGCAUGGGGGGAUGCUGCAUGGAUUUGGGACAUGGAGUACACAAACAGCAACAGGUCCUGGGGUAUCACAGGAUGCAGGGCUAUUCAAUAAAGUACCAGGAAUUCGAACGGGAAUUUCGAAUGUUCAGUCAAAGUAUCAGAAAUGGAAACCUGGAGAAUUUCUCUAAUUGGCCUAUUGUGGCCUUAAAUUUGGAAAUUCAUUCAGAAUUCUCUUUAAUUUCCACAUUAGUAAAUAGCUCUGACAGAUUCUAGCAAAUCCUUGGGAUUUAUAUGUUAUGUAGGGACAUCUUGUUUGUAGAAUAGUGCAGAAAGAAUGGAUAGUUAAAGGGACAGUAUGGCAGCACAGGUGUAGGGGUCUUCUCUGGGGUAUUCCUGUCAGAUUGGCAUUGGGAUAUCUGGCAUAAUCUGCCCUUCGCCCGUCUGAUAGUGUGCCAUCAAUUUUCUUGUUUACAGUGGUACUUGUUAUAUUGGUACAAUUUGGUGUCUUGUAUUUUAUUUUUAGUGUGUGUGUUUUUUGGUUUUUUUUGUUGUUUUUUUUUUAAUUUUGUUUUAUUUUCUUAUAAUUUGGGGUAUAGGGUAUUGUAGCGAUUUUUUGCAUUUCCUCUUACUAUUUAUUUUUAAGUGGUAUGUAGAAGGAAUCUUUCGAUUAGUUGAAAUUAAAAAUCCAAAAUUGCCAGAAGUUGCAUGAAUGAUUCUAUUUCAUAAAUGGCACUAAGCUGAAUUUAUCUUCCUUGGAAAGGUGAAUGUGUAUGUUACUAACAUACCAUAAAUCAGUGGUAAGAUGGUGGGGUCUCUUCACUAAAUAUUCAGUUUUAGUAAAUGAAACACAAAAUUGCAAAAUAACAAAAUGGGAAUAUCGGUAAGUUGGACCGUUUUUUUUCAGAUGCGUUUUUUUGGCCCACUUUUGCCGUUUUGAUCUCAAAUUUGAAGGAAAAAAAAAUUACGUUUAGUGAAUACCUUUUGUGUAACAUAAGUUUUUUUUUUGUUUGUUUUUUUUUUGUUACACUUGUUUAAUAGUUAUGCUAGAAAUUUUUUAAUAUUGCAGAAAAUAUGAUGAUUUUACCAUGCUUUCUACAUACGUGGAACAUAGUAUUUUACUUGCUCUUUAUUGUUUUGUUUUUUUUGUUUGUUUUUCAUGUAAGUCUUCCAGACAAGCAUGUGGGAUCCCUGGCCUAGCACCUACAGAGGAGAAGUAAGUUAUCCUAUUACUUAUUUUUUUUUAGUAUUUAUUUAGACUUUUUCAUACAAUAAGGAUAGUAGUAAACAGUAAAGAAUGCAACCUUAGGUUGCAUUAUAAGUCAAGACAUGUUCGUAAUCUUCAUUUAUACAGUGCAAUCAACAGAUAUUGGCAUGUGCCAAUACAUUCGUCCCAUACCAGGGGUGACAAAGAGCCCCCCCCAGACCUUCUGUCGAGGGCUCCUUUCUGGGCUAUGAGCCAUGACGUAGGUAGAGGUCCAACAGAGCAGUGCGCCACUUCCGUGUGCCCUCUUUUUGUCCCCUCAUCUUGUGCUUACGGGCAGCAGGAAUGCUAGAGCGUACACCAACAUUGGCCCGAUCCAUCCUGCAUACAUUUAUAUGAUAUUUAUAGGAGGACAUGCGUGUGUGUCAUAGAAUAACCUUAAAAUGCGAUGAUGGCGACCUAUGUGCAUAGUACCAAAUGUUAUCAUAUUACUUUUUAAGUCGCAGUGCAUUCUGGUCCAUUGAGGGUAAAACAGGAUUUAUAUUCCUCUGGGUAGAUGCCAUUCAUCACUUAUUCAAAACUUAAAUUUUGUAUUAUGUCCUGCACGUUCACUUCUGCACAUGUUGAAGAAAGCAUUUGACUUCACAUUCCUAUGAAUUUUAUUUUAAACUAGAAAAGCUACAAUUUCUGGGGAAAUUGUGUGAAGUGUUCUUGCCUCCACUGGAGUGGGCGGAGUAACUGUUAUCAUUUACAUAGCACAUUUAAUUGCAACGUUGUUGCACAGUUACAUUAAACCAUACAUUUAUAAAAAACAUUAGCAGGUGUUCAAAAGGCCCUGUCUAUGACAUCACUUGCUGCUGCAGCCUUGACAGGUCAGAGUAUUUUGGUGGUUGCCAUCUUCAAACGGUCGUAUUUUAAAUCCUACAGCGAAGAGCUUUAUAGUGUGGGAAUCACAAGACCCAGACCUACAUUUUGAUGCAUAGUAUGUCUCUGAAGUAUUAAAAAUGAAGGCACAGUCGCAGUUUAGAAAUUGCACUUCAAAUUUGAGCUUUGUAGAGUGCAGUUUCAAUGAAUGUCAAUGGACGGCGUUAGUUGCAAACAAAUGAUUAUAUUGUGAAAACUAUCAGGACUACGGCUUAGCCGUUGACAUGUUUAGUGGCAGCAGGGAUAGCUGAACGUUUUGAUAUAAGAUUUGUGUAGGUGGGCCUGAAAAUAAGGGAGUGGUGGCAGUUUAGAAAUCAUGUCCUGAUUUUUCAGCUUUUGCCAGCUCCCACUCUAGCUUUGCCAUUCAUUCCUAUGGGACAAAUUUCGCCACAAGAACGACGAUAUUCCGUGAACCAUUCGGCGAAACGUUCCACAAAGUAAUAGCAAUCCGAUCGGGAACAAUCUGCACGUUUUGGUAAAUUUUUGUCUAUGUAGUGUAAAAACUGUGGGAGGAGUUUGGGUGGCAAAUUUUGCUAUAAUAAUAAUAAUAAUAAUAAUAAUAAUAUAUAUGUGAGAUAACAACAUUAAGUGGUCUUGCUAUGCAAGAACACUUAAUUAAGUAAAAUGAUACUUAGAAGAACACUCUACCAUUAAAAAUGGAUAUAUAUUUUUCUUCAAUGGUAGAUUGUUUGUUUCUUCUGUUACUCCCUCCAAGAUUAAAAAAAACAAAACAUCUUUAUCUUUAAUCCAUCACUGGGACAGUCUCCAAAAUGCAGUCUAUCUACUCACAAUUACACGAUUUGCCUAUAGAAGAGCACUGAAUCAAAUACUUUUCACAGAGCCAAUUUAAUGCUUUUUAACGUUGUCAUGCUUUGGUGCUUAGAAUGCGCCUCAAACUAAAAUAAUAUUUAACUUGUGUUGUGUUGUUAUUCACUAAACUUGGACUUGUUGAGAAUUGACAAGAGAAAUGCAUAGAAAUUCUAAAAAUGUGCACAUUUUUCAAGAACGCUAAUCUGGUCUAUAAUUUGCAAUUGCCAUGUUGGUUUUCUACAAUUCUUGGUUUAGUAAAUAACCCUAGAUGUCAGUGAUCUGGGCUCAUUUUCUUAGUAAUUCUAAAAGGAUAUCAGAAUUCUGCCAUUCAGGUUAUGCAUAUCGUGUCAUGAGAACAUUAAUGCUAAAUGUGGUAACUGGUAACAUUUUAACAGGUAUGCAUAGUGUUUGGUAGUUCUUUUCCCCUACAAGAACAGACUUCUGUUUAUAGAUAUUGUGCUAUCUAUAUGGUAAUGCACACCUGUACAUAUUGGGGGUUUUUUUCAGUAAAUUGUAGGGAUUGCAUAUAGGAAAAUAAUGUAUUUGAGAUUUUACCGUUUCAUUUUUAUAAUUUUGUUUAGUCCUUUAAGAGUAUUUCUUCUCCUGAUUGCUGACCAUUUUUAAUGAUUACCUUGUCAGAGAUGGGAAUCUCCAGGACAUUGUUAGCAAAGGCAGUCUCCAUGAGUUUUUAUUCAGUCUACAUGAGAAGUUUGGACCUGUUGCUUCCUUCUGGUUCGGCCGUCGACUUGUGGUCAGCCUGGGCUCUCUGGAUUUGUUAAGACAGCACAUCAACCCCAACAAAACUUGUGAGUUUUCUUACUUGUCCGCACUGAGCAAGACACUGUGUGGGUUAUUUAUAAAGAGUAAUUCUAGAAGUAAUUUCUAAAGUUUUAAAUGUGGCGCGGUUAAAAUGGAAACCAAUGGGAUGCUACUGUUGUUUGCUGUACUUUUGGAAAUUUGCAUCAGAAUUACUGUUCAUACAUAAGCUCGUUUGUAAUUUAUUUGCAAAACACCAAUGAGGUUAAUCAUUACACCAAGAAUUAUUAUCAAUCUUUUAUUAAGGCAUGCGAGUUGGAAUACAGAAUAAAGAAAGGGAAAUGUACGAGUGAGAUACAAGAUAGGAAUAUCACAGCGUUCCUAAAUAGUAAUGCCUAAUUUUUUUUUUUUAUGUAGUUGAACGAGUAAGGAGAGAGUUAUAAAACAUGCUUAAUUAUGGUUAACUAUGAUUAACUCUUGAGUUUGGUAGCCUCUGGGUUCUUAGGCUUGUAAAAUAUGGUAGUAGCAGACUUUAAGAUGAAGGUUAAGCUAGCAUUACCCUCCUGUAUGUGAUAAGCUACUCUUAUGGGAGUACCUGGUGUCUAAAAGCAUACCGAGUGGGAUAUAGGGGUACAAAGUUUCAGUGGUGGAGCACAGUUAUAUAGGUUUUGUAACAGGUGCAUGAAGGCUAUCCUGUCUUGCUAACUAAGAAGGGCCAGACAUUCUUAGUAAUUGCUGAGCAUGGUAUUAGCUGCUAAUGAGCAGUAGGUAGCAUGCUUCCUUAGCUUGACUGGCAUAUAAACAUACUGGCGAUUUAGAUGAGAAGCCUAGUAAUACCAGAAAAUAAAAAACAGUAAAACCAUAUAGUAAUACAAACUAAAAAUAAAAGCACAAUUUCCACUAAAACUAAAUGCAGUGUUGUACAUUUGCAUUGCCUUAGAGAGAUACUGCAAAGCUUUGCAUUAGGGGGUUUGUCGCUUCUUCCUGGGGUUGCUUAACCAAUACCGAUUGAUGGCAGACUGUCAACCCUGGGGAACAUGAGUCUAACUACAAGCCCCCCACCCUGAGUUCCAUGGCAGUCUUGUAUCCCAGGUCUCAUCUCGAUUAGCAGGCUUGGUUUGGUGUCGGGGCUGAGUGAUAGGCUUCUGAUGUGCCCGCUGAGGAGAGUCCGUCCGAGGGUGCAAACUGUGGGUGCGAGGGUGACCCAUUAUGAGCUAUGGCCCAGAAAGCACCUGGCUCCCAGCCGGAUUGGGUCGCCAAGAUUGGUGCUGAUGUAGAGGCUCCCGCCUUUUGGCUCUUCCCAUCCAUGCUACGUCUGGAUCUCGCCCAUCUAAUCGUGGCGCAGCUGUGCCUCGCUGUGGGUCUGGCUUGGGCAUUGCUGCAGGGAGAGAUGUCCAUGAGCGUUGCUAGGAUCUUACCACGGUAAGCUGGGGGCUCCUCUUGGCUUGAGGAUGUCGGGCUGGCUUCAGCUCUGAGUAGGCCUUGCGCCCGGGUGGAGGUAGAGUAGCCUCCGUUGCCGCCAGGUUUUCGGGAGUAGUAUGGGAGGUUGGCUGGUGUGCCCGGGUUUGUAAACGGAGCCAGAAUGCUUGACAGAUCCUCUCAAAGUUAGUCUCGAAGGACUCCCUCCAUGACAUGCCAUUGAAACUUGUGGAGGGUGUAGCGCGUCCGCCAUCUUAGGUGACCAUGCGGUUUCAGAGUGGAUGAGUUGUCUUGUCGACCCUGCCGAGGUGUAGGUGCACCCAGAGGGGACCGGGAUAUCCCCCGCCGGUCCAGGGGGAGGGGGCUGCUCAAACUCCUGUGGUAGGCUUGAGCCCGGAGUCGGGAGAUUGGCCAUGUCCCCCUACAACCAGACCGUCGGCUGCAGUAGACCAUAGGCUGAGGCACUCAGGCCCUGAUCCUACACCAAGAAUAAUGGAAGAAAAAAAAUAAAAAGAUUUUGCCAGUUUUUGUCCAAAUAGCUAAAAAAUAAAAGUGGAGUUGGAAAUUUUGUUUCUAAUAUUGCAGUUCACGUGUCAAAUCUACAAAUUUCCUUGAAAAUUUGCUCUAGAUUACUAGCUGGGCAAGUUUAAAAAUGUCUCCUCUACAGUGCUUGGCAACAAUGAGUUAACCAAAACUAUUCAGAUACUCGGUGGGAUCUAUUGAGUCCUAUUUUUUUUUUUUUUUAAUCUAUUUCCCUUUACAGCUGAUCCUUUUCAAAUGAUGCUAAAAUCCUUACUGGGAUAUCAGUCUGGAGUCAUUGGUGAAGCUGCGGAGAAUCAUAUGCAGAAGAAACUGUACGAGAGCGGCAUUAACAAGGCUCUGCAAAGCAACUUCAGCACUAUAGUAAAGGUACUGCACUUUUAGAUCCGUCAUCUUUGCAUGUAAUCAUGUACAUUUUAAAACUUUACAUUUGCGUAGGUCGUGCAAAGAGAAUUUCUAAGUGUAUUGUUGCAAAACUUCUACAUAAAAAGGAAGGUUUACUGUUAUUGAAAAUUACCUAUAUUGUGCUGAUGAUUUUUUAAAAAUCUGUAAAAGGAACAAUCCAAGCACCAUAAUCACUAUAGCAUGCUGAAGUGGUUAUGGUGCCAGGAGUGCCCUGGCCCCCUUGAAGUGUAAUUUGUUUAACCAUGGGUCAUCCGGGCACCUAUGCUGUGACCUAACUUCUCCUGCAGGAGAAGUCCAUGUCUUGAUAACCUUAAAGGGAAACUAUAAUGCCAGGAAAACAAACUUGCUUUCCUGGCACUAUAGCAUCCCCCUCUAUCAAGGCGCCCCCUCCUACCCCUCUCCCCCCAAAUUAUGUGUGAAGCAAUGAGAGAUAACUCUUCUUUGGACAAAAAAGGAUGAAAUCAAAUGCAUUUCCUGCUCUGAUGCCUUACAAUCCAUGAAGACUCCUGUUUUUAUUUAUUUAGUUAAGUGUAUUCCGAUACCUUGCUGGAUAUAAUAGGUGAUUAUUCUGAUGAUAAUCUGUGUGCAGUCUGGUGACAUGAAAAAGUAUGAGUAGAUAUUAGUGGGUGUUUAGAAAUGGUGACAUAUUUCUUCGUACCGGGUAUGAGGGCGAGAGAGUUUAAAUACAUUGAGUACGCAGGGCUGCAAUGGAUACAUCAGUUUUAUGUAGGAGAUAUGUUCAUUGCCUUCACAGAACUUUAAGCUAACAGACUUCUUUAGAUAUAUACAAAGACUUGAUUUUGCUUGCCAAUCACACAUUAAAAAAGCAGCCCAGACACAACUCGCCUUUUUCGAACACUUUUUUGAAGCUGAGUUUUACAGACUGGGACUAAUUACUACUACAUACACACAUUUAUGUGACUGGGGUAGACUAAACUACACUGACCAAAGGAAAGCAGGAUUAGGACUAGAGGGAACAUACUGGCAAGAUAUUUGGAAGGCAAACCGCAAAACCUUCAUAUGUAUGAACCUACAGGAUGAGUCCUACAAGACUACUGGGCUAGAGCAGAACAGGCACUACUCAACAAACACAUGUUAGUAGCCAGAAGGCCCUUGCCCAAACCUGGUUUUAAUGAACCGCACCCGCAAUGACAACAGUGCUCCUUAAACUGAAAGAUAACUACGUAUUGGACUAACUGCUCAGGGGAGGGGAACCAUAAUGUCUUUCACAAAGGUUUUGGAACCCUGGGAGGGGUACUCCGAGACAAAGUAAGGGACAGGAGGGGCGUUUGGGACAUAGCUGCCUCCUCGACAAAUUACCCGGGCCUCACUGAUGCACCCCACGCCUUUAUUAGGAGGUUGGCUCUGCUCCUAGGAGCAACGAGGCCUACAAUACAUUCCCUUUUCCUAGUCCUGUCCUGCCAGUGAUGUCAUUCUUCCUUUCCUCUCUGUGUCCUUUUCUUCUUAGCUUCCUGACACUUCUCUUUCUCUCCUUUUACCUUUCCUUCUGUACUGUUUCUUCUCUCCAUUAUUCAAAAAACCCUUAGAGAGUGGGACCAGCCUCACUGCCUUCCUUAUAAAACCAGUUGUCGGUUCACCUGUCUCUGCAUGUUCAAGCCCACGAUAACCUCUGUUACUUCAGUGAUACGUGAACUGCGUUCAUCUGUAUUAUUAUUAUUAUUAUUAUUAUUAUUAUUAUUAUUUAUAUAGCGCCAACAAAUUCCAUAGCGCUGAUGUUCUUGAGUUGAAGGCGACAGGAUUUGGCUAUCGAUUGGACAUAAGGAGUAAAAGAGAGGUCAGAAUAAAAAAGAACCCCUAGGCAGCGAGCCUGCGAGGUAGAGGUGAUAGUAGCGCCGUUGACUUGGAGGGAGACAGACACAGGAGUAGUAACACUUGAGGGAGGAAAGAUCAGAAGUUCUGUUUUGGACAGGUUAAGUUUAAGGAAGUGAGCAGCCAUCCAGUUGGAAAUGGCGGAGAGGCAGUCAGAAACACGAGUCAAGGUGGGUGGAGAGAGAUCAGGGGAGAACAGGUAGAUUUGCGUGUCAUCUGCAUAUAAAUGAUCUUGGAAGCCAAAGGAGCUGAUGAGUUUACCAAGGGAGGCAGUAUAGACAGAGAACAGUAGGGGGCCGAGGACAGAACCUUGGGGGACGCCGUCAGAGAGGGGUUGGGGAGAAGAGGCAGAGCCAGAGAAAGAAACACUGAAGGAGCGCUGGGAGAGGUAGGAGGAGCACCAGGAGAGAGCAGUAUCCCGUAGACCAAAGUUACGGAGAAUGUGAAGAAGCUGUUGACGAUCAAUAGUGUCAAAGGCGGCAGAAAGAUCAAGGAGGAUUAGGAUAGAGUAUUGGCCGCGAGAUUUAGCAGCAAUUAAAUCGUUGGAUACUUUAGUCACAGCAGUUUCGACAGAGUGACCAGCGUGGAAUCCAGACUGAAGGGGGUCAAGCAGAGAGUUGGAUUCGAGAAAGUCUGUCAAUCUGGCGUACACAACUCUCUCGAGGAUCUUGGAGGCAAAUGCUAACCAGAAGCAGAUUAUAUAAUUGCCACUUUUACUUGUUAAUUUAUUUGUCAAGAGUCAUCAAUAGCUUGCUGUACAGGCGGCUUGCUUCCGCUACCCUUUACACUGAUUUUGUAGUUUGUAUUGUCAUGCUGUGACCUAUCUGUCAACUAUGUGAUCACAUGCCUUCUCUCUAAGCGUAAAAUAACGAAUUGAGAAAAACCAGUGACAUUAUUCUAAACUUUAGAAAGUAAUUUUUUAAAUUAAAAAAAUGUUUUAAACCCUUAAACGAACAAUGUCCUUAAGGCUUUUUUUUUUCCUAAUGCCCCUUUCAGCUGUCAGAGGAGUUGCUGGCGAAAUGGAGCUCUUACCCACAGUCCCAGCAUGUUCCCUUGUGCCAACACAUGCUAGGGUUUGCAAUGAAGUCCAUCACCCAGAUAGCAAUGGGAGGUAGCUUUGAGGAUGACCAGGAAGUACUCCGUUUCCGCAGGAAUCAUGACACGGUAAGUAGCAAGCCAAACGGAAUCAUCUGCAGGGGUAUUUGCAGUAGCUCAUAUUGCUCCACUUCAAAAAUAAUGGGUUUCAGUGGAACAUAUAAAGGAGCAGAUUGGAUUCUUUUACUUAUCUGUUCUGGUUCUUAGUCUAAACGUAUCAGAUACCAGCUGUCCUGGGUGGCACAUUUGUCUAUCAUCUGCUCUGACGAAAAAGGUAUUGCUAUAGGCGGUCACUAUAAUAAAAUAGUUUAGGCAGCAGUGAAUAGUACAGGAAUUCGCAAAACAUUUUAUCUUAAAACAAAGAAAACACAGUGCGAAAGGAAUUUUUUUUUUUUUUUUUGCAAUAAGAGUGAGAAUAUAUACCUUACAAGAUAUUUCAAUAUUGCAAACCUCCGAAAGAACAAAAAAAAGAAGACAAAUAAUAGUACAAAUAAAGUUCAACAUAUAAGUAGAUUUGUGCUGGUAAUGCACUCACGUUUUAUAGAGCUAACUAAGAGCUCUGCUGUGAUACAGUCCAUAACAACUGGAGUGCUGAUGGUUGCCUGCUGCAGCUUUAGUUGAUGACCUCGGGCCUACACAAAUUGAUUUCCAUGAUUCCCAAUUCAAGUUUAGCUUAUUGUACAUUUUGUUCAUAUUUAUUUCUUGCGCCUCAGUCCAUUUUCAUUUACUACCAGGAAGAAUUGAUUUGCCUUAUUAUAACCUCAUUUCUUCAUUCACAAAUGUUCUAUAGAUUGUGUUUAGUGUGCUGUCACCCACAUCUCUAUCUCCUUCCAUCACAUUGAUUCUAUUCUCCCAGUUCUACAGGAAGUGCUGACACUUUGCAUACUCUGAACGGGCAGCAAUAACCUUAAGCAUGCAGCUGGUUUCUAAUUACUUCUUGUGAUUUUAUUGAGUUACAUGGAAUUACUUUUCUGUUUACGAUUCACUGCAUUUUUACUGAUUUCAGAUAUGGUCAGAGAUUGGAAAGGGUUUCCUGGAUGGGUCAAUUGAGAGAAGUCCGAAUCGCAAAAAGCUUUAUGAAGAUGGUAUGUUUUAUUUGUAUAUACUGUGAUAAAAGAGAUGCUGAAUAAGCCAUGUGUUUAUUUAAACAGCAUCAGAUAUGGUGUUUCAAGUUAAGUUUACACUAUUAACAGGUACAGUAAUGUAAGGAGACACCAGAGGCCCCUGUACAUCUUAUCGUUUUAAAUAUAUUUCCAUCUGUAGCAUUCACUGAAAACUUUAAUCACUAUUUUGGGAAGUUCCUUGAAGGGACACAAACAUGUAUUCCUAAUGCUAUAUAGUUCACCUCACUAUCUAGAUGUUUGGAACCCUGUACGGGUUAAAAAAUAUAUAUUUACCUCCCACCCUCCAGCAAUGGGUGACAAAGGUAGAGGACAUACACUCCAUGGAAACUCUCACUGCCAAUCUACAUGGGAGACCGGAGCAGUGCACAUUGACCUGGUACCCAUGGGUAACAUACAUAGCCAAAAGGACAGCCGCCCCAAACACAACACAGCAGGGAACCCCGGGUGCCCGGGACACACACACCCAACCCCCUGCCGCAGACAUCGGACUACAUCUCCAAGGAUUAGUUUAGACAGAAGAGAGACAAUGUGAUCACGCAGACAGACCCACGUUACUAGCAUAAUGAGACCCCCAAAGGGACAGACAACACAAACCAGAUGGUCAAACCUAGACAGAGUCACGACGGCUACACCUACAAUACCUGAACAAAGUCACAAGCCUGAGUAAGAGCCAUAACCUCAGAACUCCGCACAAGCUGUAGAAUGAGAGACAAAGUAGGGGAAAUGGGAGACAACUGUAAAGGGACACAGGCACGACCUGACAGGCACACACAAUCCCCCAAACUCACAAUCCAUCAGAUAAAAGACCAGACAGGUGCUUGUAUACUCCACUUACGACGAACACCCCAGCUUUAAGUAAAACAGACAACAGCACGGAUUCAAAUUGCCUGCACAAACCGAAAACACUGGUCUGAUAGCAAGUAGGCGACUGCAGGAACACAACAUAAAUCGCUAAAAUAUGGGUCACUGACCCUCAAGGUGCUCACCGCACCCGAAGUUGACACAUCGCAAACACUUUGGUAGUAAACUAGAUACUAACACUAAAAGAUAUAUAACUAUUUUUACGCAAGGAUUAAUGCACUUGAUAUGAACCAGCUACAUGUUACUUCACCAGGGAGGUAAUGACACAAUUAUGUACACUGGGGCGGUACACACCCAUGAAGAUACCCUAAUGACGGUGUAAGGCCCGAUAACGCUGCCGCAGCUUACUUGAACCCAGGCCUGUAUAUUAUGAAGAACCAAAUGUUAUAUGAGUAAUGCUUAUUAUUACUGUACUUUAUACGGACACAGAUGUUGACUCUGACAUACUUUAAUGUUCCUGACUGUUACAUGUUUCCCAAAAGAAAAAAUUACAAAAUAAAGAUUGCCAAAAAAAAAUAAAUAAAAGAUUUUUAUUGCCAUUUAUCCUGCAGCUCGCGGGUUUCGCCCUUCCACCCCACUUUCGAAACUUAGGUCAUCAAUCUUGAUGAUCUCAGACAAUACAAUGUUACCUCAUUUGGAUGCAUUUGGGAGACGAGUGGGCCCGCCGUGCUAUGUCAACAAAAUGUUCUCUAUGAGCAGCAUUUGAUUGAAUAAUCAAAUCUGACUCGGUUAUUCAGCGAAGGAAGACAACCACCAGCGGUGUGUUAACCCUGCAAUGAAAACAUUGCUGUAUCUAUAAAACUGCAAUGUUUCACAUUGAAGGCUGAAAAGACAACAGGACCACUGCACCCAGACUACUUCAUUGAGAUAAGGUGGUCUGGGAGUGGUCCUAUAAUGGAUUGGAAUGGAAAAUGCCCUGGUGAAAAGGAUUGCUCUGACAUUAAAUAGUAUAAUGUAACGUAGUAGAAAUGUGAACCACUUUAGCACAGACUGCCUCAUAGAUAUCGAAGAGGAGAGCACAUGUAUAGCAGUCACCCGGCCUGCAGACACACACCAUACAAAUUCUUGUACAGCCAAGCAAAAGCCUACGUUCCUUCUGUGGUGUAUUUGAGUAGGGUUGACUUAUUACUACAGUGCUUUUUUUCAACUUGCUACAGUUCUAAGCCUUAGCCGAGAGAGCACUGUAAACCAUCCAAAGGAUUGUAAGUUGCUGGGAUGCUUGAAGUUUGCUUUAAAUCCAAGGUUCUAUAUUGCACUAGAGAGAGAAACAUAACACAAUCAUCAUCUUUUCCCCCCUUUCUCUGCUCAACCCUCAGACCUGUUUCCAUUGUGCUGCAAAGUACAACACCAAAUACUGUCGCCAUAGGGAGUGCACUGGAAGCAUGUUCAAACAAGUGCAGUUAUCCUGAAUGACUGUAUCUUUACCGACUUUAGGACUUCUCACAAUUUGCUGUAAUAUCCCAUUUAAAAACAUCAGGGAUUUGUAGUCCUUCGUGUGAAGUUUUUAUGUUGAGUUCUAUUUAACUCUCUAUGCAGGUUUGGCAAUGUUCUCCGGCUACUUUUACCCACUUAGCUGGAUUUUACAGUAAUUCAUGUGAAUAUGAGGUUAUGCUAGUGGGACCAUGUUGCACAACAUUUUGUCUUCUGUUUUUAAGCUCUGCUGGAGAUGGAAACUGUAGUUAAGAAAGCCAUCAAGGAGCGCAGAGGAAAGAACCUUGGGCGCCAUGUCUUUAUAGACUCCUUGCUGCAAGGGAAACUCAGUGACAAGCAGGUACGUAAUGUUUAGUUACAUAGGAGUGAAGGUUCAUUGUAAAAUCCUUUACCAAUCCUUAAUCAAUGGGUGGUAUCUAUAGAUGCCGGCCUUUUUAGUAGGUUGUUGACUUGGAUAUUCUUACGUUUUCUGCUGGGAAUACUUGUGCAGCUCUGCUAAUGCAAUGCAGUCCAUCUUUAGUCAGUUUUAUUUAAUAACAAUAUACAGGUGAUUCUUGAAAAAUUAGAAUAUCGUGCAAUGGUUUAUUUCAGUAAUGCAACGUAAAAGGGGAAACUAAUAUACGAGAUGGACGUAUUACAUGCAAAGCAAGAUAGUUCAAGCGGUGAUUUGUCAUAAGUGCGAUGAUUAUGGAUUACAGCUCAUGAAAACCCCAAAUCCACAAUCUCAGUAAAUUAGAAUAUUACAUGCAAUAAAUAAAACAAGGAGUGUACAUAGAACAAUAUCGGACCUCUGAAAAGUAUAAGCAUGCAUAUGGACUCAGUACUUGGUUUGGGCCCCUUUUGCAGCAAUUACUGCCUCAAUGCAGCGUGGCAUGGAAGCUAUCAGCCUGUGGAACUGCUGAGGUGUUAUGGAAGACUAGGAUGCUUCAAUAGCGGGCUUCAACUCUUCUGCAUUGUUCAGUCUCAUGUCUCUCAUCUUUCUCUUGGCAAGGCCCCAUAAAUUCUCUAUGGGGUUCAGGUCAGGCGAGUUUGCUGGCCAAUCAAGCACAGUAACCCACGGUCAUUAAACCAGACUUUGGUGCUUUUGGCAGUUUGGGCAGGUGCCAAGGAAAAUGAAGUCAGCAUCCCCAUAAAGCUCAUCUGCGGAAGAAAGCAUGAGGUGCUCCAAAAUCUCCUGGUAGACGGCUGCGUUGACCCUGGACUUAAUGAAGCACAGUGGACCAACACCAGCAGAUGACAUGGCUCCCCAAAUCAACAUAGACUGUGGAAACUUCACACUGGACUUCAAGCAUCUUGCAGUGUGUGCCUCUACAUUAUUCCUCCAGACUCUGGGUCCUUGGUUUCCAAAUGAGAUGCAAAAAGUUGCUCUCAUCAGAAAAGAGGACUUCGGACCAGUGAGCAACAGACCAGGUCUGUUUUUUCUUUAGCCAGGUAAGACGCUUUUAGUGUUGUUUGUUGUUCAGGAGCGGUUUGGCAAGAGGAAUACAACAUCUGAAGCCUAUGUCCAGGAUCCAUCUGUGUGUGGUGGCCCUUGAUGCAAUGACUCCAGCCUCAGUUCACUCCUUGUGAAAGUCCCCAACACUUUUGAAUGGCCUUUUCCUGACAAUCCUCUAUGGCCGCGGUCAUCCCGGCUGCUUGUGCACCUUUUUCUUCCACACUUUUCCCUUCCACAUAACUUUCUGUUAAUGUGUUUUGAUACAGCACUUUGGGAACAUCCAACUUCCUUCGCUAUUACCUUUUGAGGCUUCCCCUCCUUAUGGAGGGUGUCAAUGAUGGUUUUCUGCACAACUGUCAGGUUAGCAGUCUUCCCUAUGAUUGUGAUUCCUACUGAACCAGACUGAGAGACCAUUUAACCCCUUAAGGACACAUGUCAUGUGUGACGUCAUGAUUCUCUUUUAUGCCAGAAGUUUGGUCCUUAAGGGGUUAAAGGCUCAGAAACCCUUUGCAGGUGUUAUGGCUUAAUUAGCUGAUUAGAGUGGGACACUAGAAUAUUGCACAUUGUGAGCCUUCACAAUAUUCUAAUUUACUGAGAUUGUGGAUAUGGGGUUUUCAUGAGCUGUAAGCCAUAAUCAUCGCACUUAUAACAAAUCACGGCUCGAACUACCUUGCUUUGCAUGUAAUGCGUCUAUCUCAUAUAUUAGUUUCCCCUUUUACGUUGCAUUACUGAAAUAAAUGAACUUUUGCGCGAUAUUCUAAUUUUUCGAGUAUCACCUGUAUAUACACAGAGACACAGGGUAAAGUAAUGGAGGGAUGUAGUAUUGGUAUGGAGUAUAGAUUGCAUUUGUGCUUUUAGACUCCCAUCUAAGCAAGUUCUCUAAAAUUAAAAGAAAAUCUUAAUCUAUGUCUCUUCGGCACCUGUAUGGCUAAUUCCAUCCCCAACACGUUUUGCUAAUUAGUCCAAACAAGUACCCCAAUUGUUGUGAUAGUGUUUGGAAUUAUUUGUCCCUAAGGCAGUAGCACCUCCUUUCCCAUAACAUCUACUUGUGCAAGACAUUCCUGGAAUGUCUGAUCUGUGUGUUGCCUCCAGAGAUCAAGGAUCUAUGAUUUAGUGACGGUCAGUAACUAAGUAGCUUAGUGAUAUGCAAUAGCAUUGCUGCUUGUUAGAAUGGAACUCCUCAUCUGCGGUGAGCAGGAGAGAUGCAGACACGCAUUAAAAAAGUUGCAUUCCAUCAUUCUAUUGACUUAGUAGGUGUAACAUAUAUGGGGAUCCAUAAAUCAUAGUUCCAGUAGUUAAAUGGACUUAUUCCACCAGCGCAAACGUAGACUUAGAAAUGUCUCCAUCCACUCAGAGAUCUUCACCAAACUUGUGUCCAUUGCUGUCGGAAUUGUCAUAGUUUAUUUUUUAUUUCAAUCAUUUGCAGGAUCUCAACAUUUUAAACAUAGAAUGUGACGGCAGAUAAGAACCAUUCGGCCCAUCUAGUCUGCCCAAUUUUCUAAAUACUUUCAUUAGUCCCUAGCCUUAUCUUAUAGUUAGGAUAGCCUUAUGCCUAUCCCACGCAUGCUUAAACUCCUUUACUGUGUUAACCUCUACCACUUCAGCUGGAAGGCUAUUCCAUGCAUCCACUACCCUCCCAGUAAAGUAAUACUUCCUGAUAUUAUUGUUAAACCUUUGUCCCUCUAAUUUAAGACUAUGUCCUCUUGUUGUGAAAAUGUUUGACGUGAACUAUUUUUCACGCAGACCAAUUGACAUAUAAGCUUCUUAAGAUUAAUGCUAUCUAAAGGAAAGGUUCCACCAAGAUUUGAACUCCGAUCGCUGGAUUCAGAGUCCAGAGUGCUAACCAUUACACCAUGGAACCAGCAUCACUUGGAUAGUGUAGAUCCUCCUAUUGACAUGAAUUGAACAGAUUUAAAGGAGAUUAUAUCCUCAUAUUUGUAUAAUAGAUUUCCCACUUCCAUUACCAUCAGCUUCAGAGAACCUUAUGAGAAGAAUAUGUUCAUGAUAAACAUGCAGUAAAGUUUACUCACUUGCCUAUCUAAUCUCAUUGUCAAAUUUCAACAUACCACACAAGUUUAAAAGAAAUUGUGGGACCACUUAGAAUAAAGGUCGAGGCAGCCAAACUUCUAAGAUUGAACCUGUUCCAUAUAAAUAACUUGUCUGUUAAAUUAAAGAAAUUCAAAAGGGCGCUAGUUAAAAUAAAAUCUAAUUUUUUUUUCAUAGUACAGAAUUGUUAUGGUGUAUAUUACUACUUUCUUUUGUUUCGUUUUUUUAGGUUCUUGAAGACAGUAUGAUCUUCUCUUUGGCAGGAUGCGUGAUCACUGCAAACUGUAAGUAAUGGAUGUCUAACAGUGCCGCAAGAAUGCUACAUCUUAUCUGGGAGCUCCGAUUGUGUAAAAUAUAAAAACAUUUACAUAAACAUAACGUUGUGAUUGUUAAAUGCUCAGUAAUGCCUUAAUUUUACAAGAUUUUAAUUUGAAAAAAAUACACCAAUGUAAUUUUUAAACUAUAUGUAAAUAUCCUGGGGUUUGUCAGUUAUGCAUUCUAUUGACACAUUUAAGGGACUCUAUAAGCAUACAGACCACUUUAUUUCAGUGAAGUAGUCUGGGUGUCAUGCCCACUACCCCCACUGUUUCAACCAUGUAACUGAAAAUAGUUUUCAUUGCAGGGUUAACCUACUAGCUGACAGCCACCGCCGGUUCUUCCAUGAAAUACUCCACUAUUUCAAUCAGAUGGUCUCAGAGAUACCUUCUGGUCGGAACAAGGCACUAGCUAUGCUUUCCUAUGGGUAAAGGUUGAGAUCAUCGAUCUCAGCCAAACAGGAGAAGUUGCAUGCCAGAGACCAGUGCAGUAAGGGAGCUGCGUGUCCCGGUCACCUAAAAGGUGACUAGGGCACUAUAGAGUUGGGAAUACACAUUUGUACUCCUAGCGUUAUAGUGUUAAGCUCUACGUUUUAGGAAGAGAUUGCAUAGCGAAACGGGUCCAUGUUACUGACCCUAGGAACUCUGCAUGAUAUCAAGCUUGUCUCUAUUCUUGAUUUCCCAAUUGUCUUAGAACAGGGUCAUAUAUUGCUGGAUUGUAUAGUAAAUGUUAUGUUUUAAUCAUCUCCAAGCUGAAAACAAUGAUAACAGGAACUUGAACAAAAACAAUUGCAAUUCCCUAUAGAGAGAGCAGCCGUAUCAAUAGAAAGAAGGAAUACACCUUUUUAAUAAGCUUUUACGUAUUGUGGUGGAAUGCUAUUUUUAGUCUUUGAGCUGAAUGGGUUUUUAAGAAUAUAUUGUUACACACAUGUCAAACUUCCCAUUGAAUGAUUGUGUUUUGCAGUGUGUACAUGGGCAAUAUACUUUUUGACAACAUCCGAGCCGGUCCAAGAAAAGCUUUACAAGGAGGUGACCAGAGUACUUGGGAAGGGACCCAUCACUUUGGAGAAAAUCGAGCAGCUGAGGUUGGUGCAAAUUCAUGCUCUCCGUGCAUGCUGCCGUUAAUAAAUGGAAUGGAAGAUUUUCCAUAUAAGGAAAGGCUAGAAAACAUGAACUUUGCUUUAGAUCAAAGCGUCUGAGGGUGUAUGAUAACAUUCUAAAGCAUAAACAAACUUUAUAUUCGAUUUGGGGGGGGGGAGGAAUUGGAAAUGUACUGCAAUAUUUUGAAUCUAUACGACUGCAUAUCACACCCUUAAUGAAUAACACUCUCAGAGGAGACUGAUCAUUUUCUAUUAAAUAUUCAAUAUAUAUAUUCUGAUUUAUAAUGUGUUCACAUCUUUAUCUUCUCAAUCGGAUAAUGAGGAUACACACAACUCCCACAGAAUAAUACAUAUCAACAGAUGUUUAUUUAAAACACUUAAAGUACAUUUACACACAAUAAAGAAUGCACAAAGGGUAAUUCAGUGCAGUAUGCGUAUGAUCAGUAUGAGCUUGUUACCCUGCUAUUCACUCAGAAGUCGGAAUGUAGACUUCUACAGAUUUAGGUUGCUGCCUUGUCCCAUAAUUUGUUUUGUGCUCUCUUGAUUUCUUUAGAAAUAUAUGGUUACCUUAAUAUCAUUACCUAUUAUAUAGUCAUAUAGCAGGACUCUAAUGUAUGCUUAAAUGUACAGUUAUCUAAAUAAUUGCAUAUCCAAUCAACCAAAGGAGUCUUGUUAUAUGACUGUGUAUAUUUGGUAAUUAUAGGUAGGUAACCAAAUUUGUCUGAAAAAGCUAAUACAGGCAUACCCCGCUUUACAUACACUCACUUUAAAUACACUCACGAGUACAGACAUACCUGCGAGUGUACUUAAAGGUGCCUUGCGAGUACAGACAUUCCCGCGCCUUUUCUGCCCACGAGUGAAUAGGAAAUGGAAGGUUCUAUUCUCGCCCGGAGAAGCUCAUUUCAGUGUCUUUGGAGCAAGAACUUUUCACACCUUCUGACAUGGCACAGAUUAGUCAUCUAAAAUUUAUAAUGCCUACUCCAAGCUGAACAUAUAUAUAUUUUUUCUGCCCCUGUAUUGUCGAUAUUCUGCAAUCGACUGCCAUCCAGUGAAAGGGUUUACCCUGCCAUUUUCUAUAACUAUGGCUUAGCAGCUUAGCUGCAUUAGCCACAAUUCUGAGGAUUCAAAGUUAAACCAUAACUGCUUAACCACUUAAAACCGGAGGGCGUACUAUUACGCCUCAUUCUAAGCGUCUCUAAGCGCCGCAGGGCGUAAUAGUAUGCCCUCUGUUUUUUUGUUACUUACCCGGUCGCCGGCGAUCGUGCUUGGGGAGACUCACCUGGGAUCCCAGGGAGUCCCCCGCGGUAAAUCCUGCCUCCUCCGGCUCCCCCCCCCAGCCAUGUGAGAGUGAGGUCCUUGCGAGGACCUCACAAUCACAUGGCCGGGUUAGCUGGCUGCUGCAUUGCCAGCAGGGGCACUGCCUGUAAUGACAGUCCCCCUGCUGGCUGAAAAUAAAAUUUAAAAUCAGUGUAAAAAAAAAUUAUUAUAUAUAUAUAUAUAUAUAUAUAUAUAUAUAUAUAUAUAUAUAUAUAUAUAUAUAUAUAUAUAUAUAUAUAUAUAUAUAUAUAUAUAUAUAUUCCUUUCUCGCCUUGACUGCUGUAAUCUGCGGUCUUACGUGCUCCCAACUAGCGCCGUUACAGUCCAUAAUGAAUGUGGCAGCGAGGCUCAUCUUCCUGUCCGCCCGCACCUCCCAUGACUCACCCUUCUGUCAGUCCCUACAUUGGCUUCCUAUAAAAUAUAGAGCUCAAUUUAAAAUUCUGGUUCUUGCUUUCAAAUCUCUACAUAAUGCUGCUCCCACCUAUCUAUCCUCCCUUAUACACAAGUAUGUCCCGUCUAGGCCUUACGAUCUGCUGAGGACUUACGGCUAUCUUCUGUCCGUACUCCCACCUCUGAUGCUCACCUUCAAGAUUUCUCGAGGGCUGCACCAUUCCUGUGGAACUCGCUUCCCUCCUCCGUUAGAUGCUCACCCAGUCUCCACUCCUUCAAAAAAUCGUUAAAAACUCACUUCUUCAUAAAAACUUAUUAAUUAAACUGUUAAUAGCUCCUGACUGAUUCCUCUUCUGCAACUGUCACUAGUCUAAUACUAUCCUUACCUUUUUGUGUCAUUUUACCCCAUUCCCUCUAGCAUAUAAGCUCAUUGAGCAGAGCCCUCAACCCCUCUGUUCCUGUGUGUCCAACUUGUCUGGUUACAACUACAUGUCUGCUGCGGAAUUUGACGGGGCUCUAUAAAUAUCAUAAUUAAUAAUAAUAAUAUAUAUACAUACAUACAUACACACACACACACACACACACACACACACACACACACAAAUACACUGUCUAUGUAUAUUUUACUAUUAAUAUAUAUAUAAUUAUAUAUUAAUAUCAAAUUACACGUAGACUGAUACUGAUUAAAUAUAUAUAUAUUGUUUUUAUAUGUAUAAUAUUUUUAAAAAUGUAAAUACGUUAAAACUUAAAAAAUUAUUAAAAAUAAAUAAAAUAUAUAGAUGUUUUAUAUAUAAAUGUUAUUUCGUUCUAACUGUAUUGUGAUAUUAAUAUAUAUAUUUAUAUGAAAAUACACAUACAACAAAAUAAUAUAUAUCUAUAUACAUAAAUAUGUAUAUAUACCUAUAUAUAAAUAAAAAUAUUUGUAAAAAAUGUUAUAUAUUAAUUCUACAUAUAUAUUUAUGAAAUAUGUUUGCAUAAUUAGGUAUCUUAAUUAAUUACAAUUAGCGGGACCUGCCUGACAACCCAUGCCGAAAGUAUGGAGAAUUUAAUUUGCUAGCACUAUAUUUAACCCUAUAACUUUCCAAGACACCAUAAAACCUGUACAUGGGGGGUACUGUUUUACUCGGGAGACUUCGUUGAACACAAAUAUUAGUGUUUCAAAACAGUAAAAUGUAUUACAACGAUGAUAUCGCUAGUAAAAGUGAAGUUUUUUGCAUUUUUCACGCACAAACAGCACUUACACGGAUGAUAUUAUUGCUGCGGUACUUUUUACUGUUUUGAAACACAAAUAUUUGUGUUCAGCGAAGUCUCCCGAGUACAACAGUACCCCUCAUGUACAGGUUUUAUGGUGUUUUCAAAAGUUACAGCGCCAAAUAUAAGGCUUGCGUUUCAUUUUUUCACAUUAAAAUUCGCCAGAUUGGUUACGUUGCCUUUGAGACCCUAUGGUAGCCCAAGAAUGAAAAUUACCCCUAUGAUGGCAUACCAUUUGCAAUAGUAGACAACCCAAGGUAUUGCAAAUGGGGCUUGUCCAGUCUUUUUUUAGUAGCCACUUAGUCACAAACUCUGGCCAAAUUGGCGUUUUUUGCAUUUUUCACACACAAACAAAUACCAACGCUAACUUUGGUCAGUGUUUGUGACCAAAUGGCUACUAAAAAAGACUUGACACACCCCAUUUGCAAUACCUUGGGUUGUCUACUAUUACAAAUGGUAUGCCAUUAUGGGUGUAAAUUUAAUUCCCGGGCUACUAUACAGUCUCAAAGGCAACGUAACCAAUCUGGCGAAUUUCAAUUUCAAAUGUAAUGUGCUAUAUUUGACCCUGUAACUUCCCAAAACGCCAUAAAACCUGUACAUAGGGGGUACUGUUUUACACGUGAGACUUUGCUGAAUACAAAUAUGUGUAUUUUAUUGCAGUAAAAGCAAACAGUAUUAUGACAUUGACAGUUACAAUGUCAUGUAGAACUAAAAAAAAUAACUAAAUUUCUUAUUUUCUUCAUAUUAAAUUAAAUGAAAGCCCUGUUUCCCCUGAAUAAAAUGAUAUAAUAAGUGUGGCUGCAUUUAAUAUGAAAGAGGUGUAUUACGGUUGGACAGACAUGUAGCGCAAAUGCCAGGUUUUGUUUACGUUUUGUUUUGUUCACAAUGUGUACAUUUGGCUCAGUCCUUAAGGGGUUAAAGUGAUGAAGAGGUGUUUCUAAACAAAGUGUGUGAAUAAGCAGCUAACAAAUACAAAUUUCUCUUUUUACUGUUUGUUUUAACUGAAUAAAAGCCCACUGGAAAUCACUAAAUAAAAUCACUGGAAAUCUGCAGUAUCAGUUAUGAAUGUAAAUGACUAUUGCAAUGCAGUACAUGCAUUGGGAAGUAAAAACAGGUAUUGCUUCACUUUAAGUACAUUUUCGUUUUACAUACAUGCUCUGGUCCCAUUGUGUACUUAAAGUGGGGUAUUCCUGUAUACAGUGCAAGUGCUUAUUCUCUGUCCUCUUCCUCCAUUGUCCUUCUGUCCUCUGAUCAUCACUGUCUUCUCUCGUUUGACGUUUGGUUUUACCAUGAUCGGUCAUUGUUUGGUUAUAUGCACACCGCCCUACAUGAUUAAUCGCCAAUAGAAAUGUGGGCAUUGUGAAAUGUAAACCAUGCCCUAUCUCAGAUCUUUAUUAAGAAGAAGUGAUUGUGUUAGAUGGUCCCUUUACUUAAGAUGCUUAAUUUAAGGCAUGUAUCAUAAUGUUUUAAUGGAUUUAAUGAUUUAUUUAUCCAACAUCUAAGGAGCCCACAAGGUAAAAAAAAAAGAAAAGAAAAAUUCUUCAAGUAAUUACAUCUUUUUCUGAUUUACAAAACCGUAACUAUUCUUUUCUUUUCCUUUAAAGCUACUGUCGCCAGGUGCUGUGUGAGACCGUGCGCACAGCUAGUCUCACUCCUAUCUCUGCUCGACUACAGGAGUUAGAAGGAAGGGUAGACCAACAUCUUAUUCCCAAAGAGGUAGGAUUCUCCAAGCGCUCAGUAAAAGUGAACUAAAAUGACAGAUGCGUUUAGUGCCACUGGAAUUGUUAUUUAAAUGGGCAUAGGGAUUAUGGAUAGUUAGUAACCUUUUUGAUUUUCUUACAUGUAUUUGAGCUGAUGAAUUGCUGGGGUUGCCUAAGAGUAGUGGGAGUCUGAGCGCAGGUUUUAUUUAGGUGUGUCAUUUGCUUCUAUAUUACACAGCCAUGUUACAGUGCUGCCACCCACCCCAUGUGUAUCCUAUUAGGGAUUAAUAAUGUGUAGGGGUUCAUAAGUAUAUACCCCUUUCUGUCUAAAAGUAAAUAUUUAGUGUAAGACGUUUGCUUUGACACCGGUGAGCUUACACUUUAAUGGCAGUUUUAUUUGGGAUUGUGCAAAGGUAACUUCACUUUUUUUUUUUUUUUUUAUAAUUUUGUUAUAUGUAUUUUAGACUGAUGAAUACUAUAGACAUUGCUGUUAUCAAAGUAAAGCGGGUUCCAUGUCCACUGUUUUAGUACUCGAUUAUACAACAAAUUUAGAGAUGUAGUGCGGAGAUGAUAUGUGCAGUCUCUACCACAGCUUUACAACCAUGUACUAACCAAUUCUUCAUUACAGACGCUUGUUCUGUAUGCCCUUGGUGUCGUGCUACAGGACAGCACAGCUUGGCCGUCAGCUUACAGGUAAGAGUAUCACUUUAUUCAUCUGUAUUAAGCUUAUAUUAUUAUUGCCAUUUAUAUAACAGAUUCCGCAGCGCUUUACAAUAUUAUGGAGAGGGGGAGGGGGGGAAAUUUAACUAUAAAUAGGACAAUUUCAAGAAAACUUACAGGAACAAUAGGUUGAAGAGGACCCUGCUCAAACAAGCUUACAGUCUAUAGGAGGUGGGGUGUAAAACACAUUAGGAAAGGAAAUUAUCAAUCAAAUAAGGUGGGAGAGAAGCAGAGCUGGAGGAGAGAGUAAAGUGCUGCCCUAUAGGAGAGCGCAAGAGACAGGUAUGUAAGGUAGAGGUUACUGUGGGAGGCCAUAAGCUUUCCUAAAGAGAUGGGUUUUAAGGCACUUCUUAAACGAUUGAAGACUAGGGGAGAGUCUGGGGGUAGGCAGGCUAUUCCAUAGGAAGGGAGCUGCCCGCGAGAAGUCCUGCAAGCGCUAGUUAGCCGUACGGGCACUGGCGGAUCGGGGGGGGCCACGGGGCAAUUGCCCCUCCCCCCUGAGAUUCUCCCCUGCCGGCUAAUGCAGGGCUGGCAUUGUCCAAGUGCCAGCCCUGCAAUGUGCCUGCGGACCGGAGGGGAAAUCACAGAUCUCCAUCCCUGGUCCGCAGGCACCGUGCUGGCAGCCGGCAGGGGAGGGAAAGAGGACACGGGAGCUCAGCCUGCAGCUCCUCCGGGUCCUCCUCUCGCGAGCAUGGAGCGAUGCCGCGGUUACCACGGAAACGCUCCAAAUCUCGCGAAAGUGAACUCUAGCCCAGGAGCGCGGGCUAGAAUUCACUCUGACCACUGGACCACCAGGGAUCGAAAUAUGCCCCCCCUCCUCCCAGUAAAGGUAAGUAGGGAGGGGGGACAUACAUUUAUUUCAUUUUAUACAUUAUUUAUUUUUAUCAAAAAGCCCCCUUACCCUCCUAACCACACAUUCACACAUUGCUCCCCAUAAACAGCCCACACACACUGCCUCCCCACACACACACACACACUGCCUCCCCACACACACACACACACUGCCCCCCACAUACACAUACACUGCCCCCCCUAUACACAUACACUGCCCCCCCUAUACACAUACACUGCCCCCACACACACAUACACUGUAAGUUGUCAAACUGUUCUUAAACGGUUUGACUACUUACUCUGGGAGGGGGUCCCGACACCAUAACCACUACACGGAGCUGUAGUGGUUAUUGUGCAUGGAUUAUUUCUUUAAAUAAUAUAAAAGUGCCCCUCCCGAGAUCAGACUCUGGAUCCGCCACUGCGUAUGGGUGUGAGCAGCGGUCAGGAGGUGGUCACGGGCAGAGCAGAGGGAACAAGGAGGGGCAUACCUAUGGAUCUGUGAAGAGAAAUAAGAGGUGCUAGAAUUGUUCAGUGCUUUAUAGGUAUGGGUUAGCACUUUGAAUUGACUCCUAUACAGGAAACCAAUGUAAGGACUGACAGAAGGGUGAGGUGUGAGAGGACCUACUAGAGAGUCUGGCAGCAGCAUUCAUUACAGACUGUAGCGGGGCAAUACAGCAUUUGGGAAGACCAAUUAGGAGAGGGUUACAAUAAUCCAUGCGGGAAAUUACUAGAGCAUGGAAAAGCUCCUUGGUUGCAUCUUGCAUAAGAAAGGGGCAGAUGCGGGCUAUGUUUUUAAGAUGGAAUCUACAGGAUUUGACAACAUACUGGAUGUGCGGCCAGAAUCUAGGAUGACGCCAAGACAGCACGCUUGCAAGGAUGGACUUAUGUGGAUACAACUAACUUUUAGGUAUAGCGAAAGAGGAGGAUCAGCAUUAGGAGGAGGAAAGACAAGGAGCUCAGUUUUAGAGAGAUUGAGUUUCAGAAAGUGGGAGGACAUCCAGUCAGAGAGGGAAGAAAGGCAAGCAGUGACACAUUGCAGGAUGGCAGGGGAAAGGUCUGGGGAGGAUAGAGAUAUCUGGGUGUCAUCAGCGUACAGGUGGUAGUGGAAUUCAUAAGAGGUAAUAAGUUUGCCAAGAGAGGCAGUAUAAAGAGAAAAUAGAAGGGGACCAAGGACAGAGCCUUGGGGGGACUCCAACUGAGACAGGACCAGGGAAGGAGGUAUCAUUAGAAAAGCACACUGAAUGAGCGUAGGGAGAGAUAAGAGGAAAACCACAACAGGACAGAGUCACAGAGCCCAAGUGAUUGAAGAGUUUGAAGAAGGAGAGUAUGAUUAACAGUGUCAAAGGCAGCAGAGAGGUCAAGAAGUAGUAUGGAGUAGUGGCCUUUGGAUUUUGCUGCGAUUAGGUCGUUAGUAACUUUGCGAAGAGCAGUCUCAUUAGAGUGGAGAGGGCGGAAACCAGAUUGAAGAGGGUCAAGGAGAGAGUUGGAAUUGAGAAAGUGAGACAUACGGGUAAAGACAAGUCUUUCCAGAAGCUUUGAGGAAAAAGGGAGCAGGGAUAUGGGAUGAUAGUUGGAAGGGGAGGACUGGUCAAGGGAUGUUUUUUUUCAGGAUAGGUACUACAGUGGCAUGUUUAAGGUCAGCAGGGACAACGCCAGAAGAGAGAGCAGUUGAAGAUGGGUGUUGAGGAAGGCACAAAACAAGGGGAGAGAGAUCUGAUAAGGUGAGAUGGGACAGGAUCGAAUGGGCAAGUGGUGGGUCAAGAGGAAAGGAGAAGCGCAGCCACCUCUUGUUCAGCAGCCAGGGAGAAAGUCUGAAGGGUAGGAAAGGCAUGAUCUACGUGUGAUAGGGAAAGAGAACAGCAAGGUCGGGAGAAUUCUUUCCUUAGCUGUUCAGUCUUGUUGGUAAAGUAGCAUGCAAUGCUAUCAGCUGUAGGGUUAGUUUUGGGGUUGGCCACACCAGGGCGAAAAAAAAGAGAGUUAAAGGUGUCAAAGAGACGCCUGGGAUUGCGGGAGCAUGAACUAAUGAGAGAGGAAAAGUAUGUCUGUUUGGCGAAGGCAAGUGCUGCGUUGUAUGAACACAAUAUGAAUCUAUAAUGGAGAAAGUCUGAUUGGGUGCGAAACUUCCUCCAGGAGCGUUCAGCACAACGGGAACAUCUUUGCAGGUAGCGUGUUGAUUUAGUAUGCCAUGGUUGGGGGCAUGUCCUCCUCGAGGUGCAUGUUUGGACCAGGGCUGCAGCGUUGAAGGCAGAGGUGGGGGUAGUGUUAUAUGUGAAGAUGGCCAGUGAGGGGCAGGAGAGGGAAGGGAUGGAUGGCAGUUGUAAAUCAAUAUCAGCUGACCGCUGCUAGAGGUCAAUAGAAUUAAGGUUCCUCCUGAGUUGAGGGGGGUUAGGCUAAAGUUGUUGGGUAAGGGCGUGCUCGAAAGCAAACGAUAAGAGGUGGCGAUCAGGGAGCGGAAAUGGAGUGUUGCAGAUAUUAGAUACUGAAGAGAAAAUGAGGUUGAGGGUAUUGCCAGCUACAUGGGUGGGAGAAUUAGCCUACUGCGAUAGCCCGAGGGAGGAAGUAAUUGAAAGUAGUUUAGAGGCUGCUGAGGUCAAAGGUGGGUUAAUAGGAAUGUUGACGUCCCUGAGAAUUAGGGAUGGAAUAUUAGAAGAGAGGAAGUAGGGUAGCCAGGGAUGAACAAGGGAACCGAAUCAAUUCAAAAUAGAUGACUUGUCAAGGCUGUCAUAAUGAGGUUAGAAUGUGACUUUUGUUACAAAGAAUCUGGUCAUUCCUACUUAUCACUUUCACUUUUCAUAGCAAUGUCUUUGAUUCAGUCUUAAGGCUGAAUGUAUGAGGAUGUUAUGUUGUAGAUAUAUUUGUUUAUUGUAGUGUUGCUCUUUAAAAAUAACCAUUUUGUUUUCUUCAGGUUUGAUCCAGACCGCUUUGAUGAUGAAUCAGCCAAGCAGAACUUGACUUUGCUGGGUUUUUCGGGCAGCCUAGAGUGCCCUGAAUUGAGGUAAUGUACCUUUUUGAGAUUACACUUGUUGCAGGGAAGAAAGUGAUGGAUCUUGACUUUAAUUUGAAAACAUUUCUAAUACAUUGAUGAGUGUCAACGAUCAAUAACCCAUAGGGAUGGUAAAUGGGAUAAAUAAAACAUUCACAAAAAUAACUGGUAGAACUUGUCUAUCAGUAUUACUUGUAAUCCCAGUUUUAUUUGCUAUGUGGCUCUUCUUCUCCUGCCCAGAAGAAAUGCCAAGAUCUAUAAUGAUACAUAGAAUUGUAAUAAAUUUAUAAACCGUAGUAAUAGACAGAAGCAGCUGAUUUGACAUUGUACGGUUAUUCACUAAACUAGAGUUAAAUCUAAAUUGUAAAACUCGGUCAAAAAUAUCCAAGUCAUGACUAUAACUCAGGCCUUGAGUUUAAUAUUUUUGGAAAGGCCUCUAAAAUGCUAUAUAAUACGUUGUAAAAUAUAUAUUCUAAUAUUUUUUUCAUAUAUUUGAAUAAACUUUUUACAUACGUUUUUUUUUUUAAAAUAUUGAAAUAUCAAAAAAUAUAUCAGAUAUUACAUUAUUUUUCACAAUAUUAAAUCAUUUGACAUUUUUUCUCAAAAUAUGAAAUAAAUAAAAAAGUUUUUGCAGACUUACCAUUAAUGUAGGCAUGCCCCUUCAACCGAGAGCAGCCAGUGGUUGUUCACUGUAAUAAAAGACUAAAGACUACUGCUGCCCAGUUGCUAGUAACUUACAGUGGAACCUGGUGCAGGUCCCCUCGUACCCCCACCACUUAGUUCUUGGAUAACUACACCAAUCAGGUUCUAUCUCUGUUAAUGGGCAAAAGCUGACGGACUUCGAGGGUAUGUACGUGGACAUUAAACCUCCCCAAAAAUUAUCUUCUCCAUAUACACUGCAAUACCUACAAAGCAAGAAUUGAAAGACUACAUCUUUAUUAAAAUGUAGGAAACGAAAUUAAAGAAAACAUUCAACGAACCAGAAUGGGAACAAAUGAUUACCCUUCCCAAAACCUUAACUCUCUGCUCUAAACACGCUGAAUUAGCAACAACAAAAAACUACUCUACAGGUGAUAUUUAACACCAGCAAGGCUGCAAAAAUUUAGACCUACUAUAUCCAAUUGUUGCUGGAGAGUCAAAUGUGGCAUAGGAAGCAUGUUGCAUGUCUGGUGGGACUGCCUGCGUCUAUCCAAAUUUUAAAGGGACAUAGCGAAACUCAUCAAAGACAUCACAGGGAUAACCCUGCCACACUAAUUGCAACACUACAUAUUAUUCAACUUCCCAGCUUCAGUCUUAAGCCAGAUCGUUAUCUUAUUUUUCAUAUACUCCAAAAUUGGUCCUCACCGAUGUGUAUACAACACAUAAACCAAACACGUCUCUAUGACACUCCUAUACGGCAACAAAAUAUGCCUCCCAAAAGAGAGCACCCACGAUAUAAACAAUAUUGGGAAAUAGCCUGGGAGGCCUGGGCGAAGGUCAUGAAGGAACUUCAACAAUAGAAUUAAAAUAAAAUACUACUACACAUCGAGGUCCGACAGCUGAACCCAUCCAAACCUUUCAGUACUAUGUAUGCAUAAUGCAAUGUGUUGUAGAGUAGUAGGGUAUUGUCACAGUUCAAUAGACAGAUCCGGACUCUAACGUAGUCUGGGAAUUUGAGUUAUACACAACAUGUACCCACUCUGCUACCCCUUGUUUCUGGUUAUAUAAAUAUUUAGUGAAACACUGGACUUGGACCAUGUAUGUAUGUAUGUAUGUGACAGAACAGAGAUGCUUACCCAAAUCUUGUAUGAUAUGUGAGGAUGUAUCUACAACAUGUGUCUUACCUUAUUUGUUUCCAAAUGUCAUGUUUCUUUUUUCUGUGCCAUGCAUGACUGAGUCUAAAUAAAAUUGCAAUUUACAACAACAAAAAAAGAUCAACGUCCUUUCUACUUGUUGCUUGUACAAAUUGUGACAUUUAUCAAGUUCAAAAACCUAAUUUCCUAUGCUGAACUACUAGUUACUCUGUCCCAAUUUAUGUCCAGGUAAUUAAAAUCUCCAAUAAUUAACAUGUUCCCCAGAUUUGCAGCUUUCUCAAUUUGCUCGAACAGCUGUUGUUCCUCAUCAAUAUUAACACAAGGUUGUUUAGAACAUAUCCCAACCAAUAAUUGAUUUCCCCUCUUUUGCCCCAAACAAAUAAUUGCCCAUAAAGCUUCCACAUUUUCCUCAUCACAUUCCACAUACUUAAGAUUUGGCUUUAACUCAUGGUUGACAUACAAACAUACCCUACCACCUUUCCUGUUUUUUUUUUUUUUUCCAUUCUUCCUAAAUCGUGUAUACCCAUUUAAGUUAACUGCCCAGUCAUGUGUCUCAUCCCACCACAUUUCAGUUAUGCCUAUUAUGUCAUAUUGUUUAGUGUAUGCUAUUGCCUCUCGUUCCCCCAUUUGGUAUUGAUGCGAUAACAUGACUCUGUGCUUUGACAUUAAAUCCAUGUGUUUUUCUUCUCCAUCUCUAGGUUUGCCUACAUGGUGGCGACUGUGCUUCUCUGCGUGUUAGUCAGGAAACUUAAUUUGCUUCCAGUAAAAGGGCAGGUUGUAGAAACAAAGUACGAGCUUGUCACGUCCCCAAAAGAAGAAGCUUGGCUCACAGUGUCUAAGAGAAGUCCUACCAACUAAUUACUGGACCUUUCUCUUCCCUGCACAAGUCAAAAGCACACACUGCCUCCAGAGAAAAGGGCGCACUUACACCACUGACGCACAAUUCCAGAACCUUUGGACUGUCCACAUUGUUUUUAUAUUGCAUACUCAAAUUGUUCCACUUCUAAAACCUUCAUUGUUUGUUUUAUAUACUAACAAACCAUCUUCAAUUUGUGGAGAUAAGUAUUUAUCAGAUAACUUCACAAGAUAGUUGCCUUAUUAUUUCCCUCCAGUAAUGACUACAUGAGAUGAUAACACUAUACUCGUACACUUACUUAGGACCAAAAGUAUGUCACUUCAUCAAAUAUGUAGAAUAGAUGCAAACAGGAAAUAAUUGGAUGGUCAUUUAAUGUCGGACUAUGUGUAAACUUUAUAAUGCUUUAUGGUAUGUCGUGAAAAUUAACAAACUUGCUGAUUCACGUUCCCAGGAAAACAUACGGAAGUAAAAUAAACCAAUCUGAUGCAGAAUCUCUUAGGAGUCACAGCUGUAGAAUUCUCAGUACUUUUAAUGUUGCAUCCCAUUAUGUAGGCCAGCAUUGAACAACUAAAUUCUUAACUAUUCUGCAACAUGGACUUAACACUAUGCCAGUAGGUUGUGUUGCUACCGUACCACUUUUGUUCUAGGGUUUGAGAAAGUGAAAUCCUCUGCCUUUAAAUUGGUGCUCUGUUUAUGGAAGAAACUGCACUGCCAAAAUAAUUGAAAUAUAUGUUUGUUUUUCCCCCAAGAUUUUAUUCCAGCACCAUUUGUGAUCGAGUUAAGAGACCUCCCGUGACUUCAUUUACUUUAUUAACUUAUACAAUGUAUAGAAUCUUAAAAGACGGAAAAAACAAACAAACAUAUUACACGUGUAAUUAGGAGAAAUAUGUGUUAAUGGGGGUGUUCUACUACCCGUCUGGCCUGUCUGAACUUUCAUUUUGAUCAGCGUUUCCCUAUAGGAAUGAACGAUUGUGAUAUUAGCGACACUCUGUAAGAGACUAGAAUUGCAUCUUUAUACAGCUCUAGGGCUGAACUGCACAUUUGUGGCACCCGUUUGAGGUGAAGCUUUAAAUAUUCAGACGUGGAAUGCCAUAAAUUCAUGAUCUGUUCUUCUACCUUGGAAAAACAAUAGGGAAAAACAUGAUAGAAUACCCCAUCUAUCCCAUGGUGGAUCAGAGUCAGGUAGCAUUUGGAAACUCUAUAAAAAUGUUAAGUCCAUUUUUGGUGUAUAAAUUAAUAGUCCAGUAAUCCACCCGGGAGUAUCCCGUGGACCACUUUAACAAUCAAUUACCUAGGUAUAUUAAACCACAGCUCUCAAGCCCCAAUAUUUACUAUCCUACUAAUGGCAUCAGUGGUUGGUCUAUGGUAGCUAAGGACAGUUGGAGAAACUGAUUUUGGACAUCCCUGACCUUAAUAUUCCAGUGAAUAUUUUCUAAAAAUGGCUAAACCUAGCCUUAUUAUGUUUAACUAUUGUCAUUGUUGACAUGUUUAGAAUGCACGCUGUUUUAUAUGGUUUGUAGGCAAUGUGUAACCAUAUGUGCCUUUCGGCUCAGAGACUGAAUGUGCCAAUAUGCCAUGCCUCUGGGAUGAAGAAUCUAUCACUGCCACAUAACUGUCCUUUUAACAGAGAACGUGUUGGAAAGUAAAACAAAUAAAUAUACAUAAAAUUAUUAAGACA